CGGGAGCGAUUGUUAUGAGCGUGCGAGACAAGGAUCCGUCUCCCACAAUCCACCACUGCACAGCGCUGGUCCGCUCCACUAAUAACGGGGACCUGGCCUGUGCAUUGCGCGCCAGAGCCCGUCCACAUCGUCCGACACAUCGAGCAGCUCACUUCGGCCUCUUGGAUACCGUUUGGCGGGAUACUUUACUAGUCCCUACGCUAUGGCAGCCAGCAUGGAGAGCUUGUCAGGUGCCAACUUCGUAUCGUCUCACUCUGCAGACGUCAUUCUCUCGGAUGUCAGACCUAUCAAGCUGAAGCUCGAGGCCCUACGCUCCUUGAAUGUCCUUUUGGACGAAUUAUUGUAUACUAUACUAAGCAUAGCGGGCUCGCUGUCCACAGACAAGCUCAAGGGUGGGCUGAGCAAGCUACUUCCAAAUAGUCUGGGCAAGACGGCGGUAACAGAGGCAGAAGUUGAGCUCAAAGCAUACUGGGAGCGGAACGCUCCGCAUACGCCAAACGAGGAGAACUUUGAUUUGCAGUGGUCAUUCGAGCUAUUGCGACUGAAAUGUGAAGCAUACACUACUAUGAACGACUUGGACGAGGACGAAGAUGCGGAGAGGAAGCUUAGCGAGAAGAUGCUAGAGGCUGGAAACCCACAUCCACCAGGUGUUCGCCUCGUUUCCCCAGCCGCUUUGUAUCUCACUGCAAUCUUAGAACAUAUUUGCGAACAUAUACUGUCCGAUGUCAGUCGUGUCGCGGCACGCGACAGCAGCCGAGCCGUGGCCACGGUACAAGACCUUUUCGUCGCUCUAUGUGAAGACGCAUCCGUGUAUAGCAUGUUCAGAACGAUGAAGGUAUAUGACCAGAUUGAUGCACUCUCGAAAGUUCAGAAGCCACGACGGAGCAAGUCACUCACUAAGAGUAUGGACCGGGGCUCCCUGUCCUCUAGGGCAGCCUCUCCGCAGAACGAAAGCUCGUCGCCGCCAUCAUCGAUGCGGAUACUGGGGCACCGAAUACGUGCAUCAUCCGAGUCUGCGGGAUCGCUUGCGCCCGCGGCGUACGUCGGUGUGGGUAGUAGCCGGUCGUCGAAGGACUCGCCUGGAAAAGCGCGGAAAAAGUUGUUUGGUCGCUCUUCACUAGAUCAAGAUGGGCCACCGGAAGGUGCCGAGAGUCUGGACGAUGAUUCUAAAAGAAGCAAUUCGAUUGAGAUGAUGGACGAGGAAGCACUGCGCGAGUUCGAUGAGCUCAUGCAGACCGCAACAACGAUGAAGGUGUCGCUGACACCAGACAGGCUCAAGUCUAUGGAGGUCUACAAGCACGAGAGGCGUAGGCCCAAGACGGGGGAGAGCGACUCACUCAGCACUACGGAGGCAGAGGUGAAGAGGGCGGUGAGCGUGCGACGUGUUCAAGCCAGACUGGUAGACUCUAUCACCGAGGAUGAGGAGCCAGUUCCCCUUCCCAUCAAAGUUUCCCCGAGUCCGAUCCAGGAUCCUGUUAUCACACCCCGUAGCCGGGAGGCUAGCUUGAACCACUCAACUCUAUCCCCUUCCCCCCUGCCGACCACCCGCGCCAGGUCUGUCACCCUGUCCUCCCCUCAGCUUCUGCGCGAAAAGCCGUCACGAGGUCGAAUGCACCCCCCCGUGCCCCCACCUCGCUCUCAGCCGCCAGGUGAAGUACAGGGGAACUGGCAAAACCCGGCUUCCACCCAGCAAUCGAUGUCCGACGGGCGGCCGCAGUGGGCACGGAAAAUUGGGAGGAACCGUGAGAGUUUGGACCUAAACGAAGUGAUGGGAGUUGACGACGAGGAAACCGAGGUGCCACCGCGGACGCCAUCUUCUAGACGCGAUCCAUCGAGACCGUACAUCUCGAAGGGGGCUCGCGAUCUCAUUGAUUUCCUCGAUGAGGGUCCGCCGAUCCAGAUGAUGCCGCCGAACCGCAACGCGAGCAUGGUCUCUCUGGAAUCGUCUAAAAGCCGGUCGGGCGGGAGGUUGCAGCGGAUGAUGUCUAAGCUUACCCUUGGAAGCUCGAGCGAAAAGUUCAAUGGUCGUUCCAGUAUGACCACCGAGUCGUCGAGGGCGUAUCGCUCGCUAAACUCGUCUGUCACAUCUUAUUCACCACAAUCCUACCUGCAGUCCCCUACAAACACUGUCCGAGGGCCUGCUGUCGUCGUGGCUACUCCCCCACCUCCAACAGCAUCUCUCGCAAAGUCGCUCUCUUCUUACAUGGCCCAGGAGCCGGCUGUAAAGCCAACCCCGCAAGCUGUCUCGCCCACGUCUUCUCGCAGAAUGUCCAUCACGCGUAAGCCUGUCCCUGCGUGGGAUGAGACCCGAGAUGCUUUCAGCGCCCACUCGUCGUCUGCAACGCAGACAAGCGAACAGCCAUCCUCUUCCCCGCGAUAUUCACCCAACCGCAAGUCUUCGUCGUCCAAACGUGCCUCGCCGCUUGAUGCCUUCCCUCCUCCUCCUACAACUGUAAACGUCAACGGAGUCGUGCACGACAGCGACUCGGAGAUUGUUCGUACCGCCAGUCUUGCUUCGUCGAACCGCUGCACGCCGAACCGGGCUGAAUUCCCGUCACCUUCAAGUCUUCAUUCGUCGCCAAAUACUCCGCCGAGUCCCAGCUCGUCCUCAAAGCAGCAGUCUGUGCGUCAUGUCCCCCCAAUUGCCGCUAUUGACGCUGGCAGUCGAACAUCCCUUGCCUACGAUAUUCCUGAAGUAACACAGCAGUCUUGGCCGCCGACCCCGCUGUCCAUUCACCGGGAAGUCCCCGUCCUCGAUGCCGCGGCGCCCAUCAACGCUCGUGUCAAGUGUACCGGCGUGAUUGUCUCGACGUCUGAGAAAGGCGUCGCUGCUGAGGCACUCACUGAGCCUACCUUCACUGCAGAGCAAGCGCGGGACCUCCGGAGGCUGCUGGCUGUAGCCACUACAGCGGACGAGUGCCGCCUGCUCGCGGACAUGUUCCUGAUUAAGAGCGGGUUCCACCUUCCUCCCACGAAUGAGGAGAUCCCUACUCCUGCACCGUCGCCAGACGUGGAGGACACCGCGGCGAAGAUCGACAUUUUCAACAGCGACAUUGAGCGGUCGCUCGUAGGCCUGCUUCUAGGCGAUGCAGAGUAGACAUUAUCGCCCCUCCUGCCAACCUCCGUUCGCUACAGUGUGAUCUUCCUUUUCAAUGUCUAUGCCCCUUGCUAGUGUACCUUCACUCGUUCAUUUCCUUAUACCAUAUUUACAGUGGUUCACUCCCCAGGAUAUUAACACUCGCUUUGUUUCACCAGCUGCACAACCCGUGUACAGAUGCCAGGGCUCUUCCAUUCUCUAAGUCACAUUCCUUCUACCCUUCGGUCAUUACGAUACUUAUCUGCAGCUUUUUGAUCUGCGUGUUAUAGUGCGGUUUGCUUUAAGAUAUUCUUAUCAGUGCUAUUAGGCUUCGUACAAUCUUUCCUGUCCUCGAGCUUUUCCUCGGCUGUUUGAGUAUCUUUAUUUUUCCAAAAUGCUGUAUCAGUCAUCCUGUCCGACGACGCGUCUGCAAUGAUAAGUCCAGGCAUAGAGAAGU